AGACUUAUCGUGGCACACGUUCAAAGUGUCUUUGUACGUCUAGAAAUCAAGCACCAUGCUAUCGUGUGCCCAAACAUCAUCCCUUGGCCAUUAAAUUAAAUCUUUGUUUUCGGGCAUAUAAAUAAGGGUCUUUGGUGGCAAUCUUGGUCCUUAGCACUGAAACCCACCAAAGCCUAGCAUCUGCUAGCUAGCUUUGUGCCUUGGGAUGAAUCCAAAGAGAUAUUGAUGCCAAAAUGAGUGGGUAGAUAAAGGAGAGUAAAAGGUUAGGUAGCCUGGAAACAAACAAGUGGUAGUGAGAAGAUGUUGUCUAGUGAUGAUAAAAGGACUAUGCAAUCUGGCUCUUGUUCUGCUUCCAGAUUUGCCUCUUCUUGGUGGCUUAGAAGUUGCAUUUCUUCAUGUUCUUCAGAAAAAAGGGAACCAUCCCACGGAAAGCUUUCUAAGUCUGCUGCUGAAUCACCAGCUACCAACCCCAGGAAGCACCUCGGAGGAUGGAAGGCCAUAACUUUUAUUUUAGGGAAUGAAACGUUUGAGAGGUUAGCAGUGUUUGGAUUGUUCGCAAAUUUUACAGUGUAUCUGACAAGAGAGCUUCACUUGGAGUUAGUUUAUGCUUCUAACGUUGUCAACAUAUGGUUUGGGAUCACCAACUUUGCUCCCUUGGUUGGUGCCUUCAUUUCUGAUGCCUACGUUGGUCGCUUCAAGACCAUUGCUUUUGCUUCCUUUGCUUCUCUUUUGGGGAUGGUCGUGGUGACUUUAACAUCAUGGUUACCACAACUGCAUCCUCCACCUUGUACAACCCUGCAAAACGCAUCAGGUCAAUGUGUUAGAGCAAGCAAUUCCCAAAUUGGUGUGCUGUUUUUGGGACUUUGCUUUCUGACCAUAGGCUCUGCUGGGGUAAGGCCAUGUAGUAUACCAUUUGGUGUUGACCAAUUUAAUCCAACUACAGAGGAAGGGAAGAAAGGGAUCAAUAGCUUCUUUAAUUGGUACUACACAACAUUUACAGUGGUAUUGUUGUUCACUCAAACAGUGGUGGUCUAUAUCCAAGACUCUGUGAGCUGGAAGUUAGGCUUUGGGAUACCAACAUUGUGCAUGUUCUGCUCCAUAAUCAUGUUCUUUGUUGGAACAAGGUUUUAUGUUCAUGUGAAGGCAGAAGGAAGCAUUUUUUCUGGUAUUUUCCAAGUUCUAGUGGCUGCCUAUAGAAAGAGAGAAGCCAAGCUUCCAAGUGAGGAGAAGGUAGAUGGAGUUUUCUAUGAUCCACCAUUGACGGGGACAGUUUCUUAUUCAAAGCUUCCUUUAACCAAACAAUUCGGGGCUUUGAACAAAGCUGCUCUAAUAAUGGAGGGUGAGCUAAACCCAGAUGGGAGCAGAGUAAAUCAAUGGAAACUUGUGAGCAUCCAGCAAGUAGAAGAGACUAAAUGCUUAGCAAGAAUUUUCCCAAUCUGGGCAGCAGGGAUCCUAAGUCUCACUUCCAUGGCACAACAAGGAACAUUCACUGUAUUACAAGCCAUGAAAAUGAACAGACACUUAGGACCCAAUUUCCAAAUCCCACCUGGUUCACUUGUAGUCAUAUCAUUAAUUACCAUAGGUUUGUGGCUCCCUCUCUAUGACCGAUUAAUAGUACCAAAACUUAGGAAAAUGACUAAGCACGAAGGGGGCAUCACACUCCUCCUAAGAAUUGGAAUUGGCAUGGUGUUCUCUAUUUUAUCUAUGGUUGUGGCUGGCUUGGUUGAAAAAGUGAGAAGGGACUCAGCAAAUUCAAAUCCAAAUCCAAUUGGAAAUGCUCCCAUGUCAGUCUUCUGGCUAGCCCCACAAUUGAUCCUAAUGGGUCUAUGCGAGGCCUUCAAUAUAAUUGGACAAAUUGAGUUCUUCAAUAGGCAAUUUCCUGAGCAUAUGAGAAGCAUUGGUAAUUCCUUGUUUUCUUGUUCUUUUGCUGCUGCAAACUAUGUUAGUAGCAUACUAGUGAACAUUGUUCAUCAUGCAACAAGAACACAUAGCCACCCAGAUUGGUUGACAAAUGAUAUAAAUGCUGGGAGGAUAGACUACUUUUACUACCUCAUAGCAGGGUUAGCGACCUUGAACAUGGUUUUUUUUAUUUAUGUUGCUAGAAGAUAUCAGUACAAGGGGAGUGUGGAUGUCCAAGAUAAACCUCUUGAUGUGGAGUUAGGCUCUCACAAUGCCUAAAAGAAUGAUAAAGAUCCUACUAUUAUGUAUGUAUGAAGACAUUGCAUAAUUAAAUAAAUUGGAAAGAGCUUUCUUUUCUGAUAAUUAUAUUUAAAUAAAAUAUUUUACAUGUUUUCGUGCUUUC